UUUCACUUGGUCCCCGCCCCCUUAAUCGCACACCAUCUGCGAUGAGGUUGUUAGUCUCCCUUAGCUCUCUUGUCACAGGCUGACCUCAAUCGAACAAACCUUUGCCUUCCCCUCUUUCCACGUCGCAUAACACCACCAUUCGUUACCGCAAACAACCGAACACGAAGGUGCUCAAAUACGCUCCGAGCCACGCUGUCACCGGUGACUUCCCUGAAUUCCUUGAACUUCCUAGUGAAUACGCAUGGUCUCUACAGGGUGGCAACUAUACUAAACAGCUGUUUGGACUGGUUUUGAAUUGCUGCUAUUGAAUUGCCGCCAUACCCUGGUCGCAGCUCUCCAGUAGAUCGAUCGCCGAACAAUUCUCGGGGAGAAACAAAAUAACAUACAUACUUUGCAAGUGCAAAAAUGGCGUGGUACUCAUUAUUCCCAGCCGACCUCCUCUAUGUUGAAAACUGGAUCGCCCGACUCUUUCUCGUCCUGGGCCUCAUCACGAUCGCUCCCUGGGCUACACUUAUCAUCUUCGACUUGACUCUCUACGUCUGGCGGAUGUUAACGUAUGAGCUCCCCGUAAUCGGCGGUCGGGCGAGGGGGAGGCAGCGGCCUCGUGCUCCCAGCCUGAAUGAAAGACCAAAUGGCCAGCGGAGGGCCUUUGUGCUAGCAAGCUACGAAGCAACUGGGGCAGAAAGGGAAGAAAAUAACGGGUUAAAACGAAGGUAACCGAGGAAUGCGUCUAGUUGGUUACUUUUACACGGGAUUCCGUGGUAUUGCAAUACGACGAAGGUAGAGAGCACCUUGGUGAGGUAGUCAACUACUGUGCGCAUUUCAUUUUGCCCACCGGUUGGUAUUUCAGUAUGCAUAUUCGACUUGGCUAUCGCUUUGCCCUUCGUUUUGGACAUAUAUUGCAACAGUUAUUGGCAUUUGCUAUUGUCGGCUUGUUUAAGCUAUGACUUAUCUGGCGGUCUGACUUAUCUUUUAUUUUUCAUUUGAUACCCCUGUAUGUAUAUCAGACCCACUACUACAAUUUCAUUGACUUAUAUAUA